GCAUAAGUGAGAAAUAUAGAAGAUGAAGAAUCCACUUGAGAAAUAUGGAGGUAAAAUGUGCAGCUGAGGAAUAUGGAUGUUAGAAGAGUUUUGAGACCUCAGGGGUCCAGCUGAAGAAUUCAAGAGUCAGAAGGCAAGCAUAAUAAUUAAGAAAUGUUACAAAACAUAGCAUUCUCAGACCUGAAAGAAUACACCAUAAAACUUGAGAGUCCAGAUGAGAAGCAGAAGAUCUUCCAGAGACAGCUGUUAAGUAUACAGGUAAAGCUUCCCUGUAAAUAGAACGAGUUUGCAGUGUGCCCUCCUUGUAACCUCCUGGAUUUGGAACCUAGGCUUGUACUAUCUGUGGAGUAGAAAGGUGAAUAGUUUGACUUGUUGAUCUAAAGUAAUAUUCUUCAUGCCUUCGAAGCUACCGUCUUUCUGCUUCAUCACUGUGCUGCUUUUGUUAAAGGUUCUCUGUGUAUCUCUAUGAAAGUGGUCUGCAAGAAGAUCCAGAAGAAAGAAAUGGAGAACCAUUAGAGAGAAUUGUAAUAGCUAGUUGUUUGACAGCAGCAACUUUAUGAUCAAACUCAAAUUCAUUUUCAAAAGCUAAGCAAGCAUAGGUUUUGACCUCUGAAAGUUCAGGAAACACAUGUUUGUGCCUAAGAAUUAGGGUGCGGAGAAGCUCAGCCUGACAGAGCCACCUUACGGAGCAGAUGAAGGCUUCUUGCACAGAUACGGCAUGAGCUUGGAGGAUCUGGAGAGUCUUGUGAAGCAACGUCUCUGUGAGAACGCUAUACGUCUUGAGGAAGAUAGUUCAGAUGGAGAAACUAUUGGACUUGCUGUGGGAGAAACUUUCUCGACAGACGUGAUAUUGGUGUUUUCAGUGGUGAGGCACUCAACACAGCAGCGGGAUGCAGUUCUGCAGGAGGCAGCACGGACCCAACUGAGGAUUUCAGAAAGCAGCAGCCAGCAGGUGGCUGAGCUAUUCAAGGACCUCUCAGCCAGGCUGGUCUCCAUUCACACUGAAAGAGAUUGCUUUGUGAUAACCUUUAAGACAGUGGAGGAAAUCUGGAAAUUUUCUAGCCACCUAGCUCUUGGUCAUGUGGCACACUCUCUGGAGAACUUUCUCUUUGACCAGACGUUCUGGUUGGACACCACUCUCAUCAAUGAUGUGAAGAUCUGUGUUUCUGCUAGUGAGGAGCAUCUUGCCACAAUCUACCUUGGGUUACUCCUGCAGGAAGGAAGCUUCUAUGCUAAAGCUCUGGUCAAUACUUCAGGCCUGGGUGAUGAAGACUUCAGCACCAGGAAGAAUGAUCUGAUGUUGGUGAGGAACAUUGGACUUCAGAGCCAGUGGGAGGGCAUGGUGCUUUCUACUGGGCGCUGUGGCCUGGUACCUGUGGAGGCCGUGCAGCCGCUCUCCUACCCCUUCUACCAAUGGUUCCUCAAGACUUACCCUGGUAAUGCUGGAUGUCCACCUCCUGACAACCACCGUUUUCCAACUUCCAUUGGCACUGGCAGCUGCAUUGCUUUGGUGGACAGCAAGACACUGGAGACUGACGAACUCAGUUUCAAAAGAGGUGAUCGCAUUGAGGUUAUGGGAUUUCUGCUAUCCAGCCUCGACUGGUUUGUGGGCAAAAACAUCUCAACUGGGAAAAGAGGCUUUGUCCAGAAAAAGCAGGUGGAGCCAGUGCAUGUGCGACCUCUGGAUGCUUGGUUACUGUUUGUGAGUGAAGAUGAGAUGAAAUCACUGACCUUGUCUGAUCCUAGUGAUGGACGAGGCUGCCAGAGUCUCCUCGGCGAGCUUUUAAAAAGUGACAUCAGCACAGUUUACAGAUUGAACAGGCUUGCUGGUUGUGAAUUUCCAGAUGUGAAGAACAAACCAAAGCCAGAAGACAGAGACUCACAAAGAGUUCUGGGACGAUCUCCUUCUGAAAAACUCCAAAAUGGCCUUCGUGAUGACCCUUCUAAAGAAGCAUCCCCUUGCAGCUUAACAGGUAGCGCAUACCUACCCUUCUGUUUGGAAGACACUUUUCAAGAAAUGGACACCCCCGAAGAUGACCCAAGAUUCUUGGUGGACCUAAACACUUGGGAUGUGGAGAACUUGGAGGCAUUUGAUCCGUUGCUCAAUUACCUCAACCAGGACACAUUUGUUGUGCCAUUCCUCACCUUAUAUGACCUCUCCUUCUCCUUCCUGAAGUCCACAUUUUAUGGUUUUUCAGAAGAAGAGGACCUUGUUCAGUAUUUGGAAUGUGCCCGUGAGUGGGCAAGAAGGAGUAGGAUGCUCUGGGCGCUCAGGAGGAUCUGCUUUCUGCUGGGUAGACUAUGUGCCAAAAAGCUGAAGUUUUCCCAGGCUAGGGUUUACUUUGAGGAAUCCUUGGCUGUAUCAGUCAGUGGAUUUGCUGACCCCUUUCUAUUAAGUGCCUUGUAUGUAAAUCUGGCUGCCAUCUAUCUGAAACAGAAAAACCCAGAGAAGUUAGAGUGCAUCUUAGAGAAAGCCAACACACUGCUGGUGUGCAUGCCGCAGCACCUCUUUAGCUCAGUGCAUGAGUUUGAGGUUCUGAAGCUUGUCUUGAGGAAAGCCAUCAUGAGCAAGGACACACAUCUGGAAGCCCGCUGCUGCUUCCUGGCCUCUGUACUCUUUUUAAAACUACACAAGAAUGAUGAAGCUCUGCCAUUUGUGGAGCGCCUGCAGUUUCUUUCCAUCAGUCUGUCUACUCACAGAGCUGUGGCUCCCAUGGACCUCAACUGGAUGCUUUGUAAAUUAUACUCCAAAAAGUACCUGCCACAUCUGGCCUUGGCAUCGCUUAGGCUAGUACCAGCUCAAGCUGCUUCACCGGAGGCCGCCCUUCACAAGGUGGAGCUUUUUAUUAAAAACAAUUUCCGCCUGUAUGGCCAUGGUGCUGCUGAUGAGGCGCCCCUGCAUGCGCAGGUCACACUGUAUCUUAAAGAAGCCCUUGACGUGGCCAAGCUAAAUGGAGACAUUAAAGCAGAGCGAGACCUGUGUCUUUGUCUGGUCAGUAUUUUCCAACAGUACAAGGCAUUUGGGGAAGCAGUCCGAUAUGCUGAGGCUGCAAUGGUCACUAGCAGACAAAUAAAUGAAGAGGAAGCCUUCAGAGCUGCAGUGCUGCUGGCCUGGCUGCACAUCCUCAAUGGGCAGAGGGACCUUGCCAAAGAAAUGCUCAGGCAGCUGCUUGAGUGGCUACAUGAGACUGAUGGUCCCACACAACAGGGGGUGGUACAUAACCUGCUGGCUAUCUGCCUGAGUGAAGAAAAUGAUGUCCAGGGAGCUGCCAGAAACUUUCACUGGGCAAUGAGAAAUGCACAGGAGACAGGAAACAAGAGGAAUCAAGCCCUGGCACUGGCCAACCUUGGCUGCCUCACCCUGGCCAUCAAGGCCUACACCCUGGCAGAAAAAUACCUGCUUGAGGCACUAAGACUGUUUGCUGGACUUCUGGACAGUGGGACUGAUGCUGAGCAUGUGCAGGUGUGUCUUUGGCUGGCCACAUGCUAUGUAGACUCACAAAGGCCAGAGGAUGCAAGGUUAUGCUAUGAGAUUGGUUUGCUGAUGGCAAUGGCUGCUAAAAACAUGCAGAGUCAACUACUGGCUGCUCAGGCUCUGAGCUGUUUUUAUGAACGGGUCCUGCCAAACCACAGCUGCUGCAUCCUCUACUAUGAGCACUGUCUCACUUUGUCCCAGCAGCUGAAGAGUAAACAGCUUGAGGGGUCACUGUUGGAUAUCCUGAGUGAGUUGUACCUGUCACUGCAUGAUGAAAAGAUGUACACAACUUCUCUGGAUUAUACCAAGCAGAGCCUAAGAAUCUCUAUUGAUCUUGGGAUGAAAGACAAGGAGGCCAAGGCAUGGCUCCGGGCAGGAAAGACUUACUACAUGAUGGGAGAGGAUGAGCUGGUGGAAAUGUAUCUGCAGGCAGCUGUUCAAAUUGCUCAGAAAACUAAAAAUGCACAUUUCAUCUUGAGGAUUUAUGAGGAAGCAGGAGAUGUUUUCUAUGAAGGGGACAGAAACUGGCAAAUGGCAAUCAACUUUUAUAAGGAUGGUGCUAUCUGCCUAGCAAGAAGCAUGGGAAAUCUCGACACAGAACUUCGCUUGGUCAACAAACUCGUUGACCUUCAUGUAGCUAUGAAGCAGUUUGUGGAGGCCUUGCCACAUGCUAACCUGGCAGUGAGACUUGGCUCAUUUACAGGAGAUCAACUGAAGGAACGUUCAUCCCUUCAUCGGCUAGCUUCAGUGCACUUCUCAUUAGAGCAGUAUGAACUAGCAGAAAAUUAUUAUUUGAAGGCCCUCUCCUUCACCCCCUUGCUUUUAAAUAAAGCGGACCAGGCCAGCUAUUUUGCUAAAGUCUACUACAAGCUGGGACAGCUGACUUUGCACAAACUGAAGGAUGCCUUUGAUGCUUCAGGUUACUUCCAGCUGGCCCUGGCUGCUGCUCUUGAGGACAAACAGGCAGAAAGCUUAAUUUGCACUCGACUAGGAGAAAUUUACUCCAGUUUUCUGCCAGAUGAGGAGAAGGCACACUUCUUCUUUAGCAAUGUUCAGACACUCAAGAUGGACACAACUGUUUCUGAUGACACAAGGCUACAGCAGAGGUGAAAAAUGAAGUCAAUGAAGAGAGCUCAGAUCAGACAUGGGCAUGCCAUGCCUCAAGAAGAGAGGGACUAGAAUUUGCCGAGUUUUGCUUUUUAACAUAUUAUCCAGCAAAACACUUGCCUGGGGUUAAGUGAGGAUGGACAUAAUGAUGUGAGCACUUUCAGUGUUGGACUAAUUCAGGUCUGACUGACUGAAAUGGACUGUCUUUACGAGUACCUUACCACUUAACUAGCACAUUUGCCAAGUGAAUGAUCAAGUAGUUUUGAAUGAACAGAUAUCUGAUUUUUUUUAAUUGCACACUUAAUUGCACACAAGAUUCUAGUCUAUUUCAUUCUGAAUGGUUUAGGCCAAAAAUUAUGGUCACUUUUAAAGUGGUAAAUGUUCCAAAUGUGUCAGCUACUUGUGUCUUGCUCUAGUAACAUGUACACUCACAUCUCAUAGCUGUCCUGGUAUUCACUGGAAUUUACAUGGGAUUGAUCGCUAGUUCCAAACAUCAUUUGGCUCUACGGUUAAAACUUGUAACUAGACACUCCUGCACCCUGAGCCUUAUGGGUGAUUUAUGUCACCCCUUGAAAUUUUGUUGAGCACAUUUUUCUUUUCUUAUACUCUUAUUUAUCUGAUAGAUCUGGUUGAACUUUAUUUAUAUUCAGUUUUUCAUGAGUGGUCAACUGUCAAUGAUGACUUCUCUGUCAACCAGCUAGAUGUUUUAUAUAUAUAUAUAUAUAUAUAUAUAUAUAUAUAUAUAUAUAUAUAUAUAUAUAUAAUAUAUAUAUAUACUGUAAACUUUAGUUAAGGGAGCAUUGUGAUGUUUGUUGAGCUUUUAUUUGUAAUAGAGGAAGUGAUAUGAGGCUGUGGUGAACAAACAAUGGCCUCUUUUCAGUCACACAGCCAUUGGACUUACACCAAUUCUAUGUAACAUAACACCUCUGAUUUUACUUUCUUCAAUUCAUUUUUAUCUGGUCUGGCUUUCUGACGGCUAGCAUUGUUACAUCUCAUAAAGAAAGACUUUCAGUCUCCUUUUUUAGGCAGUUUCAUUACUGUGUAUGGAUUAGUUCAGUCUGUGAUGUUGACAGAGAUAAUUAUUAGCCUCCCUACAAAACACCUGGGGCCUCAUGUAUAAAACUUACUUAUAAUGGGAAACACGCAUAAGCUAUUUCUUAUGCAAAGUCAGGAUUUAUAAAACACAACACUUGGUGGGAAAAUUGUAAGAAAGUUAUGGAAAGCUUCAACCAGCCAUAAAUCUUACACUGACAUUUUUGGUUUUGCCAUUUUAGCGAGUUAGGUGGCAAGACAAUGAAAUGGACAGAGAAUCUGUUAAUUGUGUAUUUCAAUGACACGUCAAUCUUAUUCUGAUGUCCGUCCAUCCAUCCAUCCACUUUCUAAACCCAGUUGUUCUAAACCUGUAAUGGAAUAGGGAUCACGUGAUUACUGUGUGAUGGACUCUGUAAUGUAAGCUCCAGUUCAGCAUACCACACCAAGAGGGAGUCUAAAUCGGCUUAUAAGUUAGCCACCAUCAUGACAAAGAGCACAAGGACAAUUAUAUUAAAAUGAUGCAGAACAUUGAAUUUUAUGUUUGUUUGUCUAUGUAUGUUAAUUGUGGCAAAAUUAGCACUUUCUUAUUUUAAGAAAUUUGAAAAUCAUCACAUAGCUUAGCA